ACCUUAAAUUGCGCAACGCACAAACAGAUAUUGAAAACUGCGAAAAGAAGAUGCUGAGAUUAAUGAAAAAUUGAAUGGACUAAACAGAGAUGAGCUUACAGAGAAAGAAUCUUUGAUCAGUCAGCAAACCAAAAUAUUUAGAGAGAAAGCACAAACUGAAGGAAUGUUGAGUGAACUUAAGGAGAGAUUAAAGAUAAAUAAGGCUGAAUUGAAGAAAACCAUGAACAAAGACAUAGAAAAGAAAUUUAGGGAGAAGAUAUAUGAAUUGCAUGUUACAAAAGCCAUAGACAAAGAUAUAAGAGAUUAUGCUGUUGCUUUAGAAAAAUGCCUGAUGGAAUUCCACAGGGAAAAGAUGGAAAACAUCAAUCUCAUUAUAAGGGAGCUCUGGAGAAAGAUAUAUAGAGGGAAUGAUAUUGAUCACAUUGAAAUAAAGACUGAAGGAAGCGUGAGCACGGAAUCGGACCGUCGCAAAUAUGAUUACAGAGUUGUUCAAUCCAAGAAUGGCGUAGAAAUUGAUAUGCGCGGAAGGUGCAGUGCGGGACAGAAGGUUUUAGCAUGUCUUAUCAUAAGACUAGCGCUUGCUGAGACAUUUAGUACCAGAUUCGGUAUACUGGCUCUGGAUGAACCAACAACAAAUUUGGAUCAAGAAAAUAUUAGGAGCCUUUGCUCAGCACUUGGUGAAAUAGUACAAGAACGUAGGAUGCAGAAGAACUUUAUGUUUAUUAUUAUAACACAUGAUAAAGAGUUUAUAGAGUCGCUAGGUAAUAUUGAUAAAGUUUCUCAUUAUUAUGAAGUCUCUAGAAAUGAACAUGGCAAGUCUAGAGUCAAAAGAAUAAGGUUCACAUAAGUUCUUUUUCCAUAUUCUAUAACAAGUUAUAGCCAUUCCUUUUAAUAGAAAUCAUCCCUUCAGCAAUAGUUAGGAAGGCUGUGCCUUAAUUAUUCAUUAUGCAAUAUAAUCAUUAUAUCUACAAUAUAAGAAAAAUUAUCAUUGAAAAUCUUUUUGUAAGUUAUAGACAUAGUUUAUUAACAUUUAAUUACUUUAUUAAAUAACAUUUUCUAAAAAAUA